GGCGACAUGUUCAGUUCUCAAGGUUUCCGUUUUGCUUUCCUGCCAUGGCUCUCCCUGGCGCAUGGCCAACACUGUCGCCGACGGGUGGUUGCUAUUCGCGCAGGCCAAAGGCGGCAUCUGGCAGCAACUUCUUGCCAGUGCCCAAGCGUUUCGCUCAUCUACCACCGCCCACUCGGACUGUACACAUCUGCUCGUGCGGCCCAAUGAUUGUCGGAAUGCUUGUAUUGCGGGCCGCCCGUCGUCCGGCUCGGAGAUUCUGGAGUUCCCGUUGCGUGCGGACAGCUCAAAGGGGACCAAGGCAAAGCGGCUUGCUUGGCCAAACCACCGGCAUGCCUGGUGCAGACGUCGACGGUAGCACCAAUGCAAAGAACGCUCCUGGAUUGAGUUUGGCCAUGUGCAGGAGGGUCAUGAAGGAGUCAACAGGUUCCUUUUGGGAUGAAGAUCUCUCCAAGUGCAACCCUGCAGAAUUUGCUGCGGCAUUACCCCAGCGGCGGCCAAUUCUUUUUGGAGGCCCUACAGAAUGCGGAGGACACAGACAGGGCCACCCACUUUUGCGCUCUCCUGGACCUGUCAACGCAUCCUAUCGAACAGAUCCGGCCGCAGCAGAGUGUGUGGCGGCGGCGUCUUCAAGGUCCUGCCAUUUUGUUCUAUGAUAACGGCGGCUUUCGCGAUAAAGAUUGGAAGAGUUUGCAGCAGAUCUACAACAGCUCAAAGAAACACAGCCCCAGUGAGGUGGGCAAGUACGGCAUGGGAUCCAGGAGUUUCUUCCACAUUGGUGACAUCCUCCAGAUUGUUUCGGGCAGCAAGUAUGCCAUUCUGGAUCCAGACGAGCGGCUCUCCGAAAACGGUGAGUAUGGAGAAAAGUUGGACUUUCUCGCGGACACUUUCGACGGUCAGCGUUUUGUGGACGCCUUCCCAGACGAGUGCUCUCCCUUCCAUGGCCUCGGCCACACCAUGCAAGAAGCCUUGAAUGGCACGAUCAUCCGCGUGCCACUGAGGGCGCAGCAGUGGGCGGCCGAGUCAAGUUUCAUGCCUGAAGCCUUCACGCUGGAAAGAGCGUCGCAUAUUUUUGAGGACUUUGCGAAGGCCUUCAGCGGUCCCAUGGCCCUGUUCCUCUGCCGCGUCUCGCGGCUGGAGCUCUUCGUCCGCAAGGAGAAACUCCUCCGCGUGGCCAGCCUGGAGCUGCGGCCGGAGCCGGCGCUGCCCGGGAAGGAGUUGGUGAAGGUGAAGGAGUUUCUGAAGAAGUUCGAGACCGUAGAGCAGCUCCAGGAACAGCUACGGCAGGGAACACCUACGCCUGAAGUGUUGGACAUAGUGCGGAUGGAGAAGAUCACCAGCCCCACGGACGACAAGGGCCAAGACUUCGAGGAGGAGGUCAAGGAGGCCAAGGAGGAGGUCAAGGAGGCCAAGGAGGAGGUGGAGAAGGCGGAGAGGAAGGUGGAGAGGGCGAAGAAGGAGGUGGAGAGGGCGAAGAAGGAGGUCAAGGAGGCGAAGGCAAGCGGCCGGACGAAGGAGUCCGAGGUAGGAGGCAGCUCUUCGCGCUGGCUGCGCUUCGGGCGCUUCUUCAGCCUCGAGGAGGUGUCGUCUCCGCCGGAGGAGGUGCCCUUCGUAUGCCUGGCGCUUCCGCUGGACGGGCCCUGCGAGGGCUUGGCCUUUGCGCACCUGCCGCUCUCCAUAAAGACAGGACUGCCCGUGCACGUACACGCGGGCUUUGCUUUGGAAGACAACCGCCGCGGCAUGUGGAGGCAUGCGGAGGACACAGAUGGCAGUCACCGUUCCUGGGCGGACUGGAACGAGCACAUCAUUGGCAAGGUGGUGCCGGAAGUGUACGCCGAUGCCUUGACGUACCUGGCGCAACAUGAAGUGAUGGCUGACGCCGAUGUCUUUGGCCUGUGGCCUCGGUUGGAAGCUGAGAAGGACGGCUUUCAGGUUGUGAACAAGCAGCUGGUGGCUUUGCUUGCAAACCGCCUGGUGCUGCGCAGCGCGGGCUGUUCCAAAAUGCCUGUGGCGCCGCAGGAGGCGUGCUUUCUGGAGACGCACACAACUCACUUGGAGCAGCUGAGGGCUGAUCUGCAGAACCUCUGCGAGAAAGCUGGCAGGAAGGUGGUAAAUCCACCGCAACAUGUGGUCGAGCUGCUGGUCCACUACAAGGCCAUCGAGAAGUUUGAUUGCCUCGAUGCGGUGCGAGACAUACUCAGGCUCGGCUCAGAGGAAAUGCCGCAGGAGCUACUGUCACAGAUCCUGCUGGCCUUGCUCCACUGGGCUGGCAAGAGCUUCAAUUCCACUCAGCUUGAGGUGCUGGCGGAGUUGUUGCGGAAGGUGGAGUGGGUGCCCACCCCAUCCGGGCAUGUGACCAUCGACCAGGCGUUUGAUCCGGUGGCCCCGUUGCCGGACUUGCAUGUGGUGCAGCAAGG